AUGGCGCGCGCGUCGGACCCUGAACGGCGGCUCCUGGCCAUCUACACGGGCGGCACCAUCGGCAUGCGGAGCGAGGGCGGCGAGCUUGUUCCGGGGCCUGGCCUGGCCACUGUCCUGAGGAGACUACCCAUGUUCCAUGAUGAACACUAUGCCCAGGCCUGCCAGCUCCCAGAGGACACCCUGGCCCUGCCCCCCGCCAGCCCCUACCAGAGGGUCAUCUACACGGUGCUCGAAUGGCAGCCCCUCUUAGACUCGAGUGACAUGACCAUGGCAGAGUGGGUGCAGAUUGCCCAGACAAUCGAGAGACACCACGAGCAGUACCACGGCUUUGUGGUCAUCCAUGGUACGGACACCAUGGCCUUUGCUGCCUCCACACUCUCCUUUGUCCUGGAGAACCUGCAGAAACCGGUCAUCCUCACUGGGGCCCAGGUGCCUAUCCAUGCCCUCUGGAAUGACGGCCGGGAGAACCUGCUGGGAGCACUGCUCAUGGCGGGACAGUACCUGAUCCCUGAGGUCUGCCUCUUCUUCCAGAACCAGCUCUUCCGGGGAAAUAGGGCCACCAAGGUGGACUCCCGGAGGUUCGCAGCCUUCUGUUCCCCUAACCUGCCUCCUCUGGCCACAGUGGGAGCAGACAUCACCAUCAACUGGGGGCUGGUGCGGAAGGUCCGCAGGAAGGCCCCGCUGGUGGUGCACAGCUGCGUGGAGCGGGACGUGGGCGUGCUGCGUCUGUACCCCGGCAUCCCUGCCUCUUUGGUCCGGGCUUUCCUGCAGCCACCCCUAAAGGGCGUGGUCCUGGAGACCUUCGGCUCAGGGAACGGGCCCACCAAGCCGGAGCUGCUGCAGGAGCUGCGAGCAGCCGUGGGUCGGGGCCUCCUCAUUCUCAACUGCACCCACUGCCUGCAAGGAGCCGUGACAUCCGACUACGCCAGUGGCACGGCCCUGGCAGGUGCUGGCCUCCUCUCAGCCUUCGACAUGACAUCGGAGGCUGCUCUGGCCAAGCUGGCCUAUGUGCUGGGCCAGCCUGGGUUGAGCCUGGACGACAGAAAGCAGCUGCUGGCCCAGGACCUGCGUGGGGAGAUGACCCUGCCGGCCACCGAGCGUCGGGUCUCACUUCGGGGCACCUCCCUGGGGUGCCAGGUAGCCCAGUUCCUCAGUCUAAGCGAAAACCAGGAGCUGGGCGCUGUGCGGGAUGCCCUGCUUCCCAGCCUGGCCUGUGCCGCAGCCCACGCCGGGGACCUGGAGGUGCUGCGGGCACUGGCGGAUGUGGGCAGUGACCUGGACAUGGAAGACUUCAGUGGUCAGACCCCACUCCACGCGGCCGCCCGGGGGGGCCACGCCAGAGUCGUUAGCAUGCUGCUGCAAAGAGACGCUGAUGUGAACGCCCGUGACAGGGACGGCCUCAGCCCGCUGCUGCUGGCCACCAGGGGCAGGCAUCCUGAGGUCAUCAAACUGCUGCGGGCAGCCGGGGCUUGUCUGUCCGUCCAGGAGUUGGAGGACGUGGGGACAGAGUUGUGCAGGCUGGCCUCCCGGGGGGACGCUGAGGGCUUGCAGGCGUGGUGGCAUGCAGGGGCAGACCUGAGGCAGCCGGGCUACGAUGGGCGUCACGCCCUGCACGUUGCAGAAUCUACUGGAAAUUUGGAGUUACUUGAGCUCCUGCGGCAGUUCCUGGCCAAGGCCAGUCCAGCCCCCCAGGCCCCAUGA